AUGGACGUCAAAUCGGCCCAAGACGUGAGCCCCGACCGAAUUGGUACGUCGGCGUCGGACACACCAUCCGAGACUAUGCAUGGGGAUGUUUUCGAACGCCGUCUAUCGCAAGCACAAUGGGACAAAUAUCGACAGACCAAACGUGGCCUCUCACCACGACAUGUCCAAUUGAUGCAGAUCGGCGGAUCCAUUGGAACUGGUCUAUUUGUCGGAAUCGGAGGCAGUCUCAAGCGUGCAGGCCCACUGUCGUUGUUUCUAGGCUACCUUUUCUGGGGACUCUUAUUCAUCUGGCCAUGUAACUUGUGCGUGGCAGAGAUGGCGGCCUGGCUACCUGUACGAGGAACCAUCUUUGAACUUGCCUCUCGCUACGUGGAUCCAGCGUUGGGGUUCGCGAUGGGAUGGACAUAUUUCUUCGCCACGGCAAUGCUUGUGUGCACGGAAUAUGCCGCCGUGGCUGCCGUCGUCCAAUACUGGAACACAGACAUCAACGCUGCUGUCUGGGUUGCCUUGUGCCUGGUCACAUGUACUUUUCUCAAUCUUGUCGCUGUCAGGUGGUACGGUGAAUCCGAGUUCGUCAUGGCGUCGACUAAAAUACUCUUGCUCAUGGGCCUGAUCCUCCUCACCUUCAUCACCAUGGUUGGCGGGAAUCCUCGUCGCGACGCAUAUGGCUUCCGAUACUGGAAGAACGGUCUCGCGAUGCACCCGUACUACAGCGCGGAUCCGAACACGGGUCGAUUUCUCGGCUGGUGGAGUGUCAUUCGAUAUGCCGCCUUCACCAUUGCGGGCCCGGAUUUGAUCGCACUCGCGGCCGGCGAGAUCCAGAAUCCUCGACGAACGAUCCCUCGGGUGGCCAAAUUGGUUUUCUACCGACUAGUGGGUUUCUAUGUGGUCGGAGUUCUCUGUGUGGGCAUCAUCUGCUCUUCUCGCGACGAACGACUGAUGUCAGCCAUCGACAACGGCGACGUUGGCGCCGCAGCGUCACCAUGGGUGAUUGGGAUUCAAAAUCUCGGUAUCGAGGGCCUCCCAGGAUUCAUCAACGCCCUGAUCCUCCUAUCUGGCUGGUCAUGCGGCAACGCCUAUCUGUACUCGUCCAGCCGAACACUAUAUUCCCUUGCCCGUGACGGUCAAGCACCCAAGUUCUUCAUGAAGUGUACCAAGGCCGGAAUCCCCAUCUACUGCGUCUUGACCGUUUCGCUUAUCUCAUGUAUCACGUUUCUGGUAGCCUCGGACUCGGCAAUCACGGUGUUUUACUGGUUCGUGUCUUUGACCACCAUUGCUUUCAUCCUCACAUACACCAGUUUCAUGAUCACCUUUAUUGGCUGGUUCAACGCUUGCAAGGCACAGGGUUUGAAUCGCGACACCUUACCAUACAAAUCCCCAUAUGCACCUUACACGGUUUACUUUGCUAUUUUCCUUGGCUGGGUGGUCAUGAUCUUCAUUGGAUUCGACGUCUUUGUCCCCUGGUCGACCGAGGGAUUCAUCACCUCGUACUUUGGACUGGCGUACGCCCUGGUGGUGUUUACAUUUUGGAAGGUGUACAAGAAAACAAAGUUUGUCAGUUCCAAGACGGCUGAUUUGUACAGCGGAAAGGCAGAGAUUGAUGAAGAAUGUAAGCAUUGGGAGGAUGGCGGCUUGAUUGAGAAUGAGAGACGACGAUUAGCUCAGAUGAAUGUUAUCCAUAGGACGUGGGAGAAGAUGUGGUGA